CCUUUACCUCUCCUGGGGUAUAUAUAGCCUGAGAAGGGAACUGACCAGCUCUGGCAGUCAAUAUGAGGCUUUUCCUCCUCGCCUGCUGCCUGCUGGCUCUACUGGCACUCACCACAGCAGAUGCAGUGGGUUCUGAGAAUGAGCCACUUGUACCUCUGCAGUUGAAGCCUGAAGGCGAGCUAUUCGCCUGCUGUGAUGGCACAGAGGAAAUUAGCCAAAGCUCUUCCAAUGACACACCUGCACCAGAGAGACCUGUCUGUCAACCCUGCAGCACUGGUGGACAUAUUGUUACCACUGCAGAUGUGGUCAGCUCUAGUGAAGAGGAAGAGGGGGUUGUUCCAGGAGAGAAAGCUGAAGAGUUGAUUGAAGACGAGACAUCUUAUGAAGAAAUAUCAGAGGAGGAGACUCAGGAAGAGGAGGUAGAACUUGAGAAGGAAGAGACGUUUGAGGGAAUGAUGGAGAAAGAAGUUCUAGAGGUGGCAGAUGAUGUGGGAGAGAUGUCAGAACCAGAGGCUGAGGUAAACAGUGGUGUAGAGGCACCUAUGGCUGUUGAGGAACCUGUGGAAGAGGAAGCAGCUGAGGAGGCAGAUGAGGUUUUCCUGGCUAAAGAAGUUGUUGAAGAUGUAGAGGAAGUUUCCCAGUCUGAAGAGGAGGUUGUGGAGGUUUCUCAGAAUGAUGUGGAGGUAGAGGAGGAAGAGGAGGUUUUCCAGACUGAAGAAGAGGGUGAGGAGGAAGAGGCUUCCCUUGAAGAAGAGGAAGCUGUACCAGCAGAGAAUGGAGCAGAAGAACAGCCUGUGAUUGUGGAAGAAAGUGAGAGUGUCUCAGAGGAGCAACAUAAAUUCUUGGAAGAAUCUGAAUCCUUCAUAGAAGCUGAUAUGGUGGAAAUAGAAGAGGAUGCUGUAGCUGCUGCUGAGGAACUAGCAACAGAAGUUGUUGAGGAGGUUGUGGAAAUAGCCCAAGGGGUAACUGAGGAGGUUGCAGAACCUUCUCCAGAACAAAUUGUGAUCCAAGAUGUUCAUACACCUUCUGAAGUAGUAACAGUAGAAGAGGUGCCAGCUGAUGAACCAGCACGCAAAGCAUCUGCUAAAGUUGUGGAAACCCAUUCAGGUCCUGCCAUUAGAGAUCGGUCUCACGUUGAAGAAAUGCUGCGUCUGGCUAAAGCUGAAGCUUCGCAGGAAUUUGUUGAUGCCCUGAAAAAGCUGCAGCAUAUCUACAACACCGCAAUUAAACCCGUGGAGAAUGCCUACAAAUAUAAUGAGCUCAGACAGCAUGAAGUGUCAGAUGCAGAGAUCACAUCUAAGCCAAUGGUACUGUUCCUGGGUCCCUGGAGCGUUGGAAAGUCUUCCAUGAUCAACUAUCUUCUGGAUCUUGAUGACACUUCACAACAACUUUACACAGGAGCUGAGCCCACAACCUCAGAAUACACUGUACUAAUGCAUGGUGAGAAAGUUCGCACCAUUGAGGGCAUUGUCAUGGCAGCAGACAGUUCCCGCUCCUUCUCACCACUGGAGAAGUUUGGUCAGGGUUUCCUGGAAAAGCUGGUUGGAAUCGAGAUGCCACACAAACUCCUGGAGCGUGUCACCUUUGUGGACACGCCUGGAAUCAUUGAGAACCGCAAGCAACAAGAAAGAGGUUACCCCUAUAGCGAAGUGUGCCAGUGGUUUAUAGACCGGGCUGACCUUAUCUUCCUUGUUUUUGACCCAACCAAACUGGAUGUAGGAUUAGAACUUGAAAUGCUAUUCAGACAGAUGAAGGGACACGAGUCACAGAUCCGUAUCAUCCUCAACAAGGCUGACAGUCUGACAACCCAGAACCUAAUGCGUGUGUAUGGCGCCCUUUUCUGGAGCAUGGCUCCCCUAAUUAAUGUAACGGAGCCACCACGAGUCUAUGUGAGCUCCUUCUGGCCACAAGACUACGCUCCCGACACCAACAGAGAGCUUUUCACGCGUGAGGAGAUCUCUCUGCUGGAGGACUUAAAUCAGGUAAUUGAGAACCGCUUGGAGAACAAGAUCGCCUUCUUCCGCCAGCAUGGCAUCCGCGUACGCAUCCACGCUCUCCUGGUUGACCGCUACCUGCAGACGUACUAUGACAAGCUGGGCUGGUUCAGUGACCCUGAUGAGGUGUUCCGUGAUAUUGUCGGUGAUCCUGACAAGUUCUACAUCUUUAAAUCUAUUCUGGCCAAGACCAAUGUGAGUAAGUUUGACUUGCCGGAACCGGAGGCAUACCGGGACUUCUUUGGAGUGAAUCCUCCCGGUGGGCUUAAGCUUCUCUCUUCACACUGCAGCUGGUCAGGUGGCUGCCUGCUGGAGAAGAUUGAGAAGGCUAUUACAGAGGACCUGCCUGCUUUGCUCAGUAGCUUGGCAAAAAAGAAGGAAGCCAUCAUAGAGGCAGUUGCAGAGACCAAGGAGAAACCCAAAAACCGUUGGAGGAGACAGUGAAGGAGGGAGAGACUGAGAGAGGGGGAAUAAAAUAGAGGAGGGAAAAUGAAAGAAAGGAGGGAGAGAUGGGAAGUAUGGAAAAGUGUGAAGGUCUAAUCCCUACUGGAGUCACAAUCAAUUAGUCAUUGGACUGGGCACCAAGCAAAGAAUGAAUGAAUAAAUGAAUGAAUGGAAUCAUGGAUUGAAUAUUGGAUGGAUAAGAAUAACAGGUUAAGGAUAAAGCAAGAGAGAGGAUAUACUGAGAGCAUAGGAGAUCAAAUGAAAUAAAUAUGGUGUAAUAUUAUGACAGACUCUCAGAGAUGCAAGGUCAAGUAAACAUAGGAAGUACUGUAUAUUCUACCACUCAAUAUAAUAGACUUGAACAAAGGGAAUCAGUCUCUCUCUUUUUCCCUUUCUUGUUCUAAUUUAACUCUGUUAGCAAAACAAUUAUUUAACUUUUUUAUUUUUCAUGUGUGGAACAAUGCGAUGUCAUUUAUCGUAUUUUACAUUGGAAUGUCGUUGUAAAAGUGAUCAACAUCUGUGGUAGAAAGCUUAACUUCUUUACUAUAUGCUUUUGCCAUUACGUCAGACCCCACUUGAUUUGCACUGAUAAUUUUACUCUGUACAGUUGACUGGUAUUUGAGUUUUUGGUAAAUGUUAAGAACUACUAGUAUUACAUAUUAGAUACAUAUUGACAAUACUGCAUGUUAAAACUAUGGUGACAUUAAAGUUGUUUUUGCUUCUUGUAGAUUGUGACUAUCGAUUCACAGAAUAUGGAAAGUCAACAUUAAACUGGACAUUUAAGCCAAUAUAAACAGGCAUUUUAAAUUGUUAAAUUAAGAAUUGUAAAAUGCCUUUAUACUGUAUGAGUGGAUGGAUUGGGAGAGAGAGAUGGGUAAAUAAUCUGUUGAAUUUGGCCUCUUUAGUGUAAUUAAUUACAGCUGUUUGUGGGCUUGAAGAAAAGUUCAAACUGGUGAUUCCACUUUAAAGUGUAGAACUAAUUGUGAACAAAAGAUGACCCAAAUAUCCACUAGAUGGCGUAUCAUUUAAUUGAACUGGCUGCAAUAAAAAUAGGCUGCUGAUCACUAUUCAAUGACAAUCUUUGGCCUCAUAAAAAGUACUGUUUAUCUUAUCAUGUUGUUUAUCUGUUUUCAGCCUGUAAAUGAAACUACACAGCAGCAGCAAUCUAUACAUUUUUAUAUACAAAUAAAAUGUCAAGCAGGGUCAUUUACAUAUAGUAUAAUUGUCACAUUAUAGUUAUAUCAUUUGUAAUUAUAUCUCACAUGACACAUGAAUUGUAUAUACUAUAGAAUAUUAUGCUAUACAAUUAUAACAUAUUAUAAAAUA